AUCCGGAUAUUUGAGCGAAGAAGUAUUAUUGCAAAAAAAUCGCUCAAACACAUCCAUCUAAGAUGAUAACUAAGAACUUGUUGGUGCUGUGUUUAGUGGUGGUAGCUAUUACUGUGGUUUCAGGGGCACCAAGAGCUAUCAAGAACGAAGAUGACCUUAAAAGGAGUGUAGUCGAGUUCCUGUCACAAGAUAAAGAAUUUUUAACAGCCCUUGAACACUCUGGACUUGUGGUUGAGCAGAGUCCUCUUGGAAAGCAAAUAAGCAAAAGAGACGCUGAAGAAGAAAAUAAUGAAACAACUGGAUUUUUUAAGAAAGCAGCCAAGGUUAUACUUAAGAUAAUAGUAGAAAAAGUAAUCGAGACCAUUGGAGGAAUGUUAUUUGGUUAAUAAGAAUUUCAUAUGUAAUGUAAAGCAUUAUUUACCUAUGUAUAAAAUAAAGUUAAGUUUUGUUAUAAAAA